AUGGAUAAGAUUGCGAGGGACAGCCAAGGCGAUGAGAUUAUCGAUGUAGGAGAUGUCGAGGCAAGAAGGUUCAAUUUGCAGACGACCUUCGGUUGUCUUAAAGGUUCGCCCAGAGGCAGAUAUACCGAGAAGCAGUGGAGCAGCUGGAGAAAUUCAGGUACCUCGCGGUCGUGUUUAUUUGUGAUGGAAAAUUUGAGGAAGAGAUCGAUGAGCGGAUUGGAGUCGUCAGUGGUGUUCUGCAUGAACUACCCCGACCCGUUGUGA